AAAUUAAAACAAGCAAUUAGAAUAAUUUCCACCGAAUUAAUAAAUCAAAUUUCAUGCUAAAUAUCUUAAGAGAACACGUCUUCAUAAAUGUAGUCGCAUAUUUACUGGACGAACGUAGCUUUCAUGGAAAAGACUUUACACUUGUUCUCAUUUUACCUCUCAUGUAAACUAAACGUUUUAAUUCGUUACACGAAUUAUUAAAUCCUAAUCAUUGAUUAUUUAUGCCUUACCUUGUAUCUUCUCCUUCCAUCACCUAAUUAUAAUCAGACCUAAACUAUCUAAUUACAACACUCCACUACUAACUACUACUACAACUCUUCUGAUGUUGACUUUGUACGGUCAAGAAAGUUCAACGGAGAACUCCACCACAAGUACGGCCGAUGCUUCCGAUCGCCGGGAUGAGACGCCGCCGUCGGAAACCGUCGUGAGAGAUAUUCACGCGAUGACAACGACGACGGAGCUUACUCGGCCACAACAAAGGGGAGGAGGAGGAUACUUGUCUCCGUCGAGGUCUAUUGCUUUUAGCGACGGGACUACUUCUUCCGGUGAGAAUUUCACCACCGUGAGCAGAGAGUUCAACGCUCUAGUCAUCGCCGGAUCUUCCAUGGACAACAACAGUAACGGAAGUAACCAGUCAGGUGGUCAUCGUGACGUUAUACGUGAUGAAAGGAACGAGCUGACUAGGAUCGGCGAAAACGAUGACGUUGGUGAUCAUGAUCAGGUGCCUGAGGAAGAUACGAAUCCUUGGGCGAUUGUACCGGACGGUUACAAUAACCGGGAUGGUUCGGAGAAUAAUAUUGUGUUGACGUCAUCAUCGGGUGGUCAGAAUCGGAUGGUGACGACUGCUUCGGUGCAGAGGGUGAAGAGAGAAGAGGUGGAAGCGAAGAUAACGGCGUGGCAAACGGCGAAAGUGGCUAAGAUUAAUAAUAGGUUUAAGAGACAAGACGCCGUUAUUAACGGUUGGUUGAAUGAGCAGGUUCAUAAAGCUAACUCUUGGAUGAAGAAAAUCGAGAGGAAACUGGAAGAUAGGAGAGCAAAGGCGAUGGAGAAAACACAAAAUAAAGUGGCAAAAGCUCAGAGGAAGGCGGAGGAGAGGAGAGCGACGGCAGAAGGAAAAAGAGGGACGGAGGUUGCGAGGGUUCUUGAAGUUGCUAAUCUAAUGAGAGCCGUGGGACGACCUCCAGCCAAACGCUCCUUCUUCGCUUUCUCCUAGCUAAGCUAUUGCUAGUUUUAAUUACAUCAAAAUUUCUUAUAUAUAUAUAUAUAUAUAUAGGCUGCAAACGGACAUUUUCUCUUGGGAAUCAAUGUGUGUAUAUAUAGAAUGUAAGAGUUUUAAAGGUACUGAUAUACUGUAGUUAUAUGUUUUCAACUUUGUAUGGACUACAAAAAAACAAUAAAAUGUAAUUUGUGAUA